AUGCCAAAGAACAAGGGAAAAGGAGGCAAGAAUCGUCGUCGUGGAAAAAACGAUAACGAUGAGAAUAAACGCGAGCUUGAGUUUAAAGAGGAAGGCCAAGAAUAUGCGCAAGUGGUGCGAAUGCUCGGCAAUGGUCGUCUAGAAGCCUAUUGCUUUGAUGGCGUGACGCGUCUGGGUCAUAUUCGUGGCAAGAUGCGCAAGAAAGUGUGGGUCGGUGCAGGUGACAUCAUUCUCGUGAGUCUACGCGAGUAUCAGGACGGCAAAGUGGACAUUAUUCAUAAAUACAAUGCCGAUGAGGCCCGUAGCUUGAAGGCCUAUGGUGAGCUUCCGGACAAUGCACGUAUCAAUGAAACGGCUGUGGACAUGGCGAUGGAAGGAGACGGCGAGGACGAUAUUGGUUUCGACUUUGACGACAUCUAA